GCUCUCGGUGCCUCCAGUUCUUGGAGCAGUGUUGUUGCAAGGGAUUUGCGCAUCUGAUCCGCACACUUCAGGUGCUUGCCCCGCGACACAUCAGUCCGCAUUGGUCGACCACGAACCUGAACCCGCCUGUUCAUCGUCCACGACAGCGACGACAACAAACAUCCUCACAGCAAGAAGUCAUGGGCGGCGUACGACAGACGGCCCCGCCAAGGGUUUUCCAGACCGCAACGGCAUUGCUCAACCAGUCCAUGAUUGGAGGGAAGGGCACCCAGAAGCCCGUAUGGUACGACAUCGUGGCGGCUCACCCACCAGCCGAGAUCCUCACGCGGACAUACCCACAACAGCACCAGCCCCAAAAGAUCACAUCACGGACACGAAAGGCCAGCAAGCUCUUCCAGCCCCAAAAGCUCACAUACGAGGAGGACAUUCUGCGUCGCCAAUUCUACAAAGACCACCCCUGGGAGCUGGCGAGGCCACGCAUGAUUGUCGAGACGGACGGAAAGGAUGCUCAGAAAUACGACUGGUCAAAUGGACUCAGGCAGCCUGGCAUGCAGCUGUCUGGUGAGAGUGUCGUCCAACGCCAAAUGUGGAUGAUGUACAACAUUCCCGGCAUGACCCGGGUCAAGGCCUAUGAUGCUGCCCGACGCGAGUUUUACCAGUUGCGCCAAGAAGAGGAUGUUGAGCGCAGGAUAGCAGCCGAAGAAGCGCGUGCUGUGGGUGCGUACUUUGGCAAGGGCUUCCUGCAGGUUGGCCUCGAGCUCGAGGACAAGGAGUUCGAGUCGUGGAAGAAGUGGGCGAGCAAGCAGAUUGAAAUUGUCCGCACCGAGCAGACCUCGGCCUAUACGUCCUUUGGCGAGGAGGAUGCUGUAGAGCCCGAAGCGGAGACGGAGGUUGCAGACGAGGCGAAGUGAGGAGCAGCUGUGGUAAGCUUCGCUGCCAGGAGAAGCAACAACUUGUAGAAAUAUGCGUAAAUGUAUGGGAUAUUGUACAACAGCACAUAGACCCGGCAUGACCUCGACAUUGAGUGGGAUCCAGUCACGCUGGAUGGAAAAUGAGCAGCCUUUAUAGCCUUGACCUACCAUAUUGUACAAGCAUAUAGCGUUGAAUUGGUUCGUAGGUGUGGUUAUGAGUGACGUGAGGAACUAUCCAGAUUUGGAUUCUCUUAUCCAGAUAUGGAUUCUCGAUCCGCACAAUCAAAGCCUCAUACAGACUACGGCGCUGUCAGAUGGCUUUGCGGCGUGAUAACCAUCAAUUACGUGAAUUGUCUGC